AUGAUGAAGAGCUGCGUGACGAUCAAGUCACAAAGGUCGCAGCUAGCCCCGGGCGCGCCGCGGCCAGGGGGGCGCACCACACGCGCGCCUCGGUGGCCCGCCGCCACGUCAGACCGCGAGGCGCCGCCCGAGGCAGCCGCAGGCGGCGCCUGCCCGCUGUUCGGGCCGCUGCCGCCCCGGACGCGGCGCUCUUGGUGGGCGGAGCUGGAUUUGUCGGCGCCGCACCUCAAAACGCAGUCCGAGAUUCUGGCCGGCGGGCCAGCCGCCCGCGGGCGCUACAUGCUGUUUGAGACGGCCCUCAUCGGCGACGCCGAUCAAGCGCGCGCUCUGCUUGGCUGCGAGGGCGACGCGUGGACUGUGUCUGUGCCGCCGCACCUGGCCAAGAUCCUGGGGUCAGAGUCGAUGGGCGUCCUGCGCCGCCUGCUGUCGCCCGCGCUGAGCGCCGAGGCGGUGUCCUCCUACCUUCCAGAGAUCCAGGAUCUUGCGGAGAAGUACUGCGCCGCCUGGGCCGCGCGCGGCUGCGUGCCGGCGCUGCACGAGGAGCUCAAGCUGUUCACGUUUGAGGCACGUGCUUGA